CGUUUUCCAAUUCACACCGAUUCAGUGGCAGGCAUUUGUUAAUAACUAAACGAACUAAAAUUUACUGCAAUUGGCAAUUUUGGGACGACAAAUUUAAAGUGCAAAAUCAACAACAACCACUCCGAUCCCGUUUAAGUCUUCAUCAGAUGCUGACACGGACUUGCUGCUACAGUCAUCAUUCGCGAUGCCAGCCAACAGCACCAGCAGCAGCAGCAAAGCCAUGAAUCUAACUGGAAUAGAAGGAGUCGACUCCAAAGCGGAAUCCUACAGCGUGGCUGCCAAUGCGUUGCACAGUCAAUUUAAGAUCAAGCAACAAUUAAAGCAACAUCAGCAACUGGAAGCAGCAAAGCCGAAGGAGCUACAAAGCCAUCGACAUCAUCAGCAGCAGUUGCAGCAGCAGCAGCAGCAGCAGCAGCAGCAAUCACAAUUGAGUUUGUUUAGCGAUAAUCUGUCCAUAUCCAUGUCCAAAUCGAAUCUAAAUAAUGGCAGCAUGGCAUCGAUUAGAAGCGAACAACAGCUGUGUCAGCUCUACAACUCACAUCAGCAUUCCGAUUAUAUCAUUUCGGACUAUAUGGAUAAAAUUGCGACUCGAAUCAGUCUGCUAGAGACUGAGCUGAAAUUUGCAUGGCGUGCUCUAGAUUUGCUGUCGAAUGAGUAUGGCAAGAUUUGGACAAGAUUAGAGAAAUUGGAAAACAUAUCUGUCGAACAGCAAUCCGUAGUUGGAAAUCUAAUGGGCCUAAUUCAAGCCAAGCAACAACAGGAACAGCAGCAGGAAAACAUCCAAAUGCCAUUCGCUACAUUUUUAACGGAAAAUCAACUGUUGCCCAUGGAACUGGAACUGGACGGCAAUAUAGAUAUAUUGAACGAGUCAAAGCCAGAAAAGUCCAACUUUCGUCACAUUUUAGAGGAGUUGAAAGCGAAUCAUGAUGAUCUGUACUUAGAUGAAGCCGGCGCCUACGCCUUAGACAUGGAUAACAACAGCGACAGCACCUAUCUUCAGGAUAGUACUAAGGAGCAGCUGCUGGAUGAGCAUCAGCAGCAACUGGAUGAAUGCGAUUGGCUUGCAAAUGCAGCUGAUAUGAAUCAAAGCCAGAGCGCUGCUCGCGUCCGAUCCCGAGCUAAGCUCUAUUCCGAGUCGGAUCUAUUGAUGUAUGAACAGCAACAAAUAAUGGCAAAUAAUGCUCGAGCCGAAUUACUGCAGGAGUUUCUAAAUGGCCAACGCGUGCUGGAGCAAGUGGCUGCAUCGGCAUCAGCAUCGGCGUCGGCAUCGAUUACUGGGAGUCUGCGCAAUAUACAGUGUUCUAAGAGAUCGUCACAGGAAAUGUUAGCCGACACCUCCAAUGAGCUCGAUCAGCUCGUGGAUGACGUGAAGUUUUUUCGUUUAACAGCCGUUAAAACCGGUCAAGGGGGGAACGAGAUAGUACCCAUAGAAGACACCGGGGGUACGACCUCGACGAUCGAUUGUCAAAUCAAUGAAAAUUUCUACAAGAACUUAAAUGAAGCAUAUCGCGACAACAACAUGGCCACGGAAAUAUGCAAUGUGGAGCGUCUGCUUCAGCAGUCUGAAAUAGCUCACGAGUCCUUGACUAAUGAGCAGUCAGCAGUUUCGUUAAUGAUAACCGAGAAUGCCAAGAAUCUCAGUAUAGAAACAACGGAGACAACUACAUUUAAGGGCAAGGAAUUGAGAAAGCAUCGGAAGAAGAAACAUCAUAAAAACGAAAUGGAUAUGAUAAACAAUUUGAAGCAUAUACUAGCCCAAGCAUCCAGUACUGCGGAAAAGAUACCUGAUUCAAGUAUAGCCUAUAGCAAGACAGAGUUCGCUUCAGAUAGAGAUUUUGGAAGUACAACUAUUUUGUCGUCUUCGGAAGACACGAGUCAAGAGAGUAUCGCCGUCUUAGAUGCCAUGACUGAUGUUAUAAUAAGGGAAAUAAAUAAAAUAGGCGAUCUACAAUCAUUAUCAGGAUCUCAAAUUCUUAAGCUAAGACAAACAAUCAGAGCUGAGCAAACUUUCUUUGAGAAAUUGAAUCAAGUGGAUAAAAAUCUAACGCUUCUUCUCCUUAACCCCGUCACCAUGGCCGAAGAGCUGAGACGUUUGCGGGUCAUGGAAGUCGAUGAAAAGUUCGAGCUUGUGAUGAAGAAGUUCGAUAAAAAUAUAGAUACCUUAAAGAAAUUAGUUGGCAAUUCAUUUGAGCAAUAUAAAAUAGAAAAGAACUCACAUUUAAAUUCCAAUUCCAAUUCUAAUUGCACUGCAAAAUCCAAUACCAAAUCAAAGUCUAUUUCAAAUUUAAAUAUUAAUAAAAAUAGUUGCACUUCACAGACUUCAGCUUCUUCAAAUGAAUAUAGCGCCCAUUUGUUACGUAAUAAUUCUGAUUUAGAUGAACAGCUGAAGUUGUUGGAGACCCAGGAAAUAGAAAUAAAUCGUAAAAAAAACAUUGAUAAAAUUACAAAAAUUCGUGAAUUGGAAUUGAAAGCGGACAAGAACGGAGAACUUUUAAUCUCGAGUCCCAGUCAAGACCAACAGCAGAAGCAGCAUCAGAAGAAUUUUAGUUUUGCUGAGCAGCCUUUAAGGAGUAUUUAUAACCAGGAUGAGUACAUAAGAUCACUAAAGAAAAGCCUCGAAAGGCAUAAUAGCAUGUUGUUCCUAUUACAUCUACAAAAUCCGGAUAAGCAUAAAGAAGUCGCUACCACAGACUUGGAUGAUAUACUGCUGGGACCAAGCGGCUCAAGUCCGCCCCCACCAGCGCCCAAUGAUAAUGUCUUUGACCACAUAUUGGACAUAGCUGGUGUCAAUACCUUUGCCCAACAGCUGCUGAAGCCCCAUCAGCAGUCGCAGUUGCAACAACAAGCUAAAUCUGACUCUGGGCUGUCGUCGAUGAGUGGCUGGUCGCCAAGUUCGAAUGACAAUAUCAAUUUCAGCAAACGCAAUGAUAUGACCAUGGAAAUGAUGCAGAUGAUGAUAGCGCUGCAGUCGAGUGACAACAUCGAACUGGAUCAAUCGAGUAAAGUUAACAACAUUGAUGUGGAUUCAAAUGUCGAUUUGAACAUGUAUCAUCAGCCUAAAUCGGAUAAUGAAUAUAUGCUCAACGAGGAGAACCUCAACUAUAUACAUGAGUUAUCGAAGAAUAUUCCAAUUUGUUCAGCGUAUGAAAAUAAAUCAAUGUUCGCCGAAUCAAAUCCAAACGACAAUGAAACAAUUGCUACAAUUGAUGAAAUGCUUACAUGGGAUCAACGACAACUUCAGCCCAACAACAGAACAACUCAACGAUUUUCGGACAACAACAAUAUGAAUGCACGUUCUUCAAGCAUGAGGCCCUACAUAAUGCCUGAUAUUUUGAAGAACGAAUUAUCGCAGAAUUUGGAAAAAUCAUCGACAUCGACAGUGAUAUCGAUACCGAUAUCACAGAACUCUGGCAAUAUGGAAACGGAUAUUGAUCAAACGCCGCGACGUCACGCUCUCUUAACAGAUCGUCUCGUCUACUAUCCCACAUUCAAUGGCAUCGCUGACUACAACAGCAGCAAUAAUCUGGAUUAUUUGGGACUCGGCCACCAGCCCAACCAUCAUGCGUCAUCAUCACCAUCGUCUUUGCAUAUCAGCCAACAUCAGCAGGCAACCUCAAAGAAAUUAGCGGACUCUCAAACGCAUCCUUUGCAACGAUCUAGCCAAUCGUCUGGCAAAAAUAUUGAAUCGAAACCACCCAAAGUCUGGAAUAAGUUGGCCAAUCUAUUGCCGGACAAUCUAAAACUGAAGCGCUAUACCAGAUACAAACGGUCUCAGUCGCUGCCUGGCUGCGAUGCCGUUGUUGGUCAGCAAAGGUCACAAAUGCAGGUUCGUGGUCAGGCUGGUUCGUAUCCGUUUGCCAAAACAUCUGCCUCUGCCACUGCUUCAAUCAAUCCAAUGCGAAGGCAUCAGAAUGACCUAACCAGGCGCAUACAGAAAUUACCAAUGCGCAUUAUGCAACGGGAAGCUGAAUCAAGUGCCUAUGCUAAUACUAAGCAAAAGAAGCGUUCGUUCUCCAAUAAAAUGAAUAGGAUAAUGCAGAAGGCGAAGUCAUAUAAACGGCACAGCUUUAACUUGCGCCACGGAUCUAGCAUUUCAGACACCGAAUUAGAUAAUACAAAUUUUACAGCUUCCGAGGAGGAGUCAACUAAUAGCGAAUUUGAGGUCACCAGACAUACGGACAAUGAUUAUGAUGAUGAUGAUGGGGAUGGGGAUGGGGAUGGGGAUGGGGACGGGGACGGGGAGCAUGACCACGGUUGGCAUAGCGCCUUUCCAACUCAAAAUGGACGGCAUGAGUCAUACAUUGAGAAUAACAAUACCGAUGCUCGGGUCAAACAGGAUAAUAAUCUAUUUGCUGUUGUCGGGGACCUAAAAAGGAAUUCUCUUAUAUCAGCUGAUGAGCAGCACUUGCAGAAUUUAAACAGCAUUGAGCGCCCUCAUGAUGACAAUUUAGAGGAGAAUAUGGCAAAUGUCAAUGCUCAAGCAAUAAUGAAAGUUAGAGAUGAUGAUGGUGUUGCUGCUGCUGUUUCAGCUAUUUCAUCAACUUCUGCUGAUGUCUCAGUGCCUACCCUACAUAUUGCCUCAGCUGUUGCUCCAGCUUACCCCCUCGACCUUUCUUUAGAUGUUGCUUCGGAGAACAUCAACAAUUGCUUGCAGGCCACUUGUGAGCCGAAAGUAUUUAACGUACCCUCUCUUAUGGUGGCAAUCACGUCGUCGGAUACUACGGAACCCAUUCAUUGCACAGUAAUUAUGGCACAAUUGAGUGAGCAGCAUAAUAUUCAUCAUCAACAGCAACAGCCUCAUCAUUUGCAAUCGUUAGACAUACCAAACAUUCUCAAUUAUGGCUCAAGAGAGGACGAUGACAAUCGCAGUCAACAUUCCGGGCGAACCUUGUCCUCGUCACGUCGCCAGAGCACGGAGGAUAGCAUUGACACAGAUGACGAAUAUUUCUGCUAUGAGCUGCGACAAUUGGAGGAGCUCGAAGCUGAAGCUUUGGCAAAAGCCGACGCAGAGCAAAACAGUUACGUAAAGCAUUCUGACAACGAAGUGCUCUUCUCACAGAUAGGUCAGUUGGCGAUGAGUGAUAGCAUCUAUUGUACAGGAGAUACGGAAGUUGACUAUGCGCCAGAUGAAACGGUUAAGCAAAGGAUGUUUGAGGUGUUGAACGAGCUUAGAUGCGUUGUUCAACUGCAGCCGGCAGAUACAGAUGGUCGACCCACAAAACCUGAUGAUUUCGAACUAUUGGGCAAACAGAAACAAAAAAAGUUGGUUCAAGUCUCGGAUAUGCACAGCGCUUGGCAGGAUGUUAAUACUGAGUACCAGCUGCCUAGCAGCUCCAACUCGCCAGAGGCAGUUCUAGCAGCAUUACCAGCAUUACCAGAAACACAACUCAAUAAAAAAAAAAGACGAAAAGGCGAAAGGUCAAAAGUUACAAAUCAAAGACAAGACGAGUUGCCAUGGACAUCCAGUUCAUCCUACUCAUCAAGCGACGAUGAAUACGAUUACGAAUACAAACAAAAACAAAGGUCGAAUCCUCCUCCUACGGAUCUACAGCUUGAUAAUGAUCAGGCGAUCGAAUCAUCCAGUGCUACAUCCGGUCCAGAUACGCCAGCGGCUCUCAGUGAUGAAAUGGAUGAGAAUUUGGUUGAAAAUGGAAUUAGAAAUGCCUGCGAGCCUGUUACUGAUGGAGACAUGGAGCAGAUCGCUGUUGCGGAAAAAGAUUCUGUGCUCGCAGUUGAGCUAGAAGAAACCUCCGACUUAAACGACUUACACAAGAGCUUAGUGAAUGCAGGAGCUGAGAGUAAUUGUCAGCAAAAUGUCUCGCCUCAUAAGCUAAUUUGUUUAGACUCGAGUCUCGAUGGAUCUCAGGUGGGUGCCCCAAAUAGCGCUGGGGCCAACUUGGGCACCAGCAAAUGGAAGUUGUUGAAAACUUUGAAAGAGCGUAAGAUCGAGGAGAAAAACAAUCAGGAUAAAAUGAAGGAAGAAGAAAUGGCUAAAGACAAGGAGAAGAAUGGGACCGGCACAGGUGACGUGGGCCUACGCUCCAAUGGACAUCCGAGCGAUAAUCCUUUCUACAGCAAUAUUGACAGUAUGCCGGACAUACGACCACGGCGUAAAUCCAUUCCCCUUGUUUCUGAGCUGGUGCUCAAGACAAUGGCAGCCACUAAACGCAAUGCUGGACUCACAUCAGCCGUGCCCCGAGCAACGCUCAAUGAUGAAGAACUGAAAAUGCAUGUCUAUAAGAAGGCACUGCAGGCGCUCAUAUAUCCAAUAUCUUCGACGACUCCGCACAAUUUUGUAUUAUGGACGGCUACCUCGCCUACGUAUUGCUACGAGUGCGAGGGCUUAUUGUGGGGCAUCGCCAGGCAGGGAGUGAGGUGCACGGAAUGCGGGGUCAAGUGCCACGAGAAGUGCAAGGACUUAUUGAACGCCGAUUGUCUGCAGCGUGCCGCUGAGAAGAGCUCCAAGCAUGGUGCUGAGGACAAGGCCAAUUCGAUCAUUACAGCAAUGAAGGAUCGCAUGAAGCAACGUGAGCGCGAAAAGCCGGAAAUAUUUGAAUUGAUCAGAGCCGUGUUCAGCAUUGAGGAGAAGAGCCAUACUGGCCAUAUGAAGGCUGUGAAGCAGAGCGUCCUGGAUGGAACCAGUAAAUGGUCAGCGAAGAUCGCAAUCACAGUGAUUUGUGCUCAAGGCCUGAUAGCGAAGGAUAAAAGCGGUACGAGUGAUCCAUAUGUGACGGUGCAAGUGAGCAAGGUGAAAAAGCGAACACGCACAAUGCCCCAGGAGCUAAACCCUGUGUGGAACGAGAAGUUUCACUUCGAAUGCCACAACUCAUCAGAUCGUAUAAAAGUUCGGGUCUGGGAUGAGGAUAACGAUCUGAAGUCAAAAUUGCGACAGAAGUUGACCCGGGAAUCGGAUGACUUCCUUGGCCAAACGAUAAUCGAGGUACGAACUCUAUCCGGCGAAAUGGACGUCUGGUAUAACUUAGAGAAACGCACUGACAAGUCGGCCGUGUCGGGUGCUAUACGACUCCAUAUUUCGGUUGAAAUAAAGGGUGAGGAGAAGGUUGCACCUUAUCAUGUCCAAUACACCUGCUUGCACGAGAAUCUUUUUCACUACCUGUGUGAGGAAAAUAUCGGCAUGGUAAAGCUACCCACCCAAAAAGGGGACGAUGCAUGGAAGCUGUACUUUGAUGAAAUUCCUGAAGAGAUUGUUGAUGAGUUCUCAAUGCGUUAUGGUAUCGAAAACAUAUAUCAAGCAAUGACUCAUUUUCAUUGCCUUUCCGCUAAAUAUCUCUGUCCGGGAGUUCCAGCCGUAAUGAGUACCCUCUUGGCUAAUAUUAAUGCAUAUUAUGCCCACACGACUGCCUCUUCUGCUGUUUCAGCCAGCGAUCGCUUUGCAGCGAGCAACUUUGGAAAAGAAAAAUUUGUCAAAUUACUUGAUCAACUGCAUAAUUCGCUAAGGAUUGAUCUGUCGAUGUAUCGAAAUAACUUUCCGGCUUCAAGUCAAGAAAAACUAAUGGAUCUCAAGUCAACAGUAGAUCUCUUAACCAGUAUUACAUUUUUCCGGAUGAAGGUACAAGAGCUGUCAAGUCCUCCAAGAGCAAGUACAGUUGUCAAGGAUUGCGUAAAAGCUUGUCUUAGAUCCACCUAUCAAUUCCUUUUUGAGAACUGCUACGAGCUUUACAAUAGGGAGUUUCAGGUGGAUCCAAACGAAGCGAAACGUGAUACUGAUGACCAUGGCCCAAAACUAGAUAGCGUUGACUUCUGGCAUAAGCUAAUUGCAUUGAUUGUGUCUGUUAUCGAUGAAGACAAAAAUAGUUAUGGGACAGUGCUUAAUCAAUUCCCCCAGGAAUUGAACAUUGGACAGCUAUCGGCAGCUACCAUGUGGGGCCUUUUCGCCGUAGACAUGAAGUACGCGCUUGAAGAGCAUGAGCAGCAUCGGCUUUGCAAGUCAUCUGCUUACAUGAACUUGCACUUUCGUGUCAAAUGGCUAUAUAGUAACUAUGUUAAGGAAGUACCACCCUAUAAAGGAGCUGUACCGGAGUAUCCAGCCUGGUUUGAGCCAUUCGUCAUGCAAUGGCUAAAUGAGAACGAUGAUGUCUCGUUAGAGUACCUUCAUGGCGCAUUUAAUCGUGACAAAAAGGACGGGUUCCAAAAGAGUAGCGAACAUGCGUUGUUCUCGAAUUCUGUAGUCGACGUUUUCACACAACUGACGCAAUGCUUCGAUGUUGUUAGCAAGCUCGAGUGUCCAGAUCCAGAAAUUUGGAAACGUUACAUGAGGCGUUUUGCUAAAACAAUCGUUAAAGUGCUAAUUGCCUAUGCUGAUAUUGUGAAAAUGGAGUUUCCAGAGCAUAUGAGGGAUGAAAGAAUUGCCUGCAUUCUAAUGAACAACAUACAACAGUUAAGGGUCCAAUUGGAGAAGAUGUUCGAGUCGAUGGGUGGAGAUAAGCUGGAGGAGGACGCAGCCAACAUUUUGAAGGAACUGCAGCAGAAUUUAAACUCGGCCCUUGAUGAUUUGGCUUCACUGUUUGCAAUAAGCUUGGAGCCACGUAUAACCCAAUCGGUGCGAGAGCUUGGCGACAUGCUUCUUUCGAUCAAGGGAGGCAGCGGCAACCUCACAGCCGUCAAUCAGACAGUCCAACGGAACGCAGUGGCUGUGGAAGCCGAUGAUGUGCUGAGACCUCUAAUGGAUUUGCUGGAUGGAUCUCUGACUUUGUAUGCCCAGUCGUGCGAAAAGACAGUGCUCAAGCGUUUGCUCAAGGAACUUUGGAAAAUAGUUAUGCGAAUUUUGGAAAAGACCAUUGUACUGCCACCAAUGACUGACAAAACGAUGAUGUUCAAGCACUUAACGGACAAUGCAAAGAAUCUGGCUUCAAACGCCAAAAUAGAAGACAUGGGACGUUUGUUCAAGUCGCAUAUGGCGGGCAAACAGGAUGUUAAAAGUGCUCUUAGCGGCGUUAUGGAUAUAUCAAAGGAGGUCGAGAAGAACCUAUCCCCCAAACAAUGUGCCGUACUCGAUGUGGCCUUAGAUACAAUUAAACAAUACUUCCAUGCCGGUGGCAAUGGACUCAAGAAGACAUUUCUAGAAAAGUCUUCGGAGUUACAGAGUUUGCGAUAUGCCCUUAGCUUGUAUACACAAAUGACAGACACUCUAAUUAAGACCUUCAUUUCGAGUCAGGUGCACGAAGUUGAUCCGGAGAACUCGGAAGAAAGCGUUGGUGAAAUAUCCGUGCAAAUAGAUCUUUUCUCACACCCGGGCACUGGCGAGCACAAAGUGAACGUUAAAGUCGUGGCUGCCAAUGAUCUGAAGUGGCAAAUACCGUCAGGCAUGUUCAGACCAUUCGUGGAGAUAAAUCUUAUUGGACCUCAUCUUCAGGACAAGAAGCGGAAAUUUGCGACCAAAUCAAAGUCAAAUAACUGGUCUCCCAAGUACAACGAAUCCUUCAGCUUCACCAUUGGCAAUGAAGAGCAGCUGGAUUUUUUCGAGCUUCACAUUUGCGUUAAGGACUAUUGCUUUGCCCGGGACGAUCGCCUUGUGGGAGUCGCAGUGAUACCAUUGAAAGAUAUAUCAGAAAAGGGAUCAGUUGCGUGUUGGCUACCUUUGCAGCGUCGCAUCGAAAUGGAUGAGACAGGUUGGACUAUUUUGCGUAUACUUUCACAGCGAAAUAACGAUGAAGUGGCCAAGGAAUUUGUCAAACUCAAAUCAGAGAUACGUCAGGAGCCGACAAUGGGUACUUAAAUGGACUGGAUGGAUGGAUCUCCACACACACCACAGCCCCCACAGCCCCACGUACACACACUCACUCACGCAGAUUCCGUAUACAAUAUAUACAUUAUUUUAAGCAUCUAUAUAUAUAUGUUUUUUUAGUAGCAUUAUCCCUACAUAAUUAAAAUACAUAUACAGUACAAGAAAUACGACAAGAACAUAUAUAGGUGUGUAUCUAAUUUGUAAUCUAGUUUCAAUGAUAUUAUUUUGAAAGGCACGAGUGGCUAGAUCAUACAUAAAUAUAUACAUAUAUGCCAAUGUUAUACACGUGUAUAUAUUUGUAUGUGUAUGUGUGUUUGUUAUUAAAUGAACAUGA